GUCUAUUGAUUCUCACUAACGUAGUCGCCAUUUCAGCUCACAGCCAGUAACAUUAAUUAUUUAAAGAAAAUGUACAAACUUUUUUUUCUCUUCUUACUGUUCGUGGCCGUUGACAGCAAUCGAUGCCACAAAGAUGGCUCCUGCAGACACAGACACAACCAACACAGGCCGGGGCGUUACAACAAUCGUCAUUUUGAGAAAAUCUUCCAAGAUAUUUCCUGGAGCGUAAUCAAUAUGGACCGCAAAUAUCAAGCAGUUUGCAGCAACAGUUCAGAACAACAGAUAAGGGAAUAUUACGGUGCAGAUACGUAUACUUUAAAGUAUUUCCUCAAAGAAUAUUCCGAAGAUAAUGUUACAAUCAAAGUGCAACAUCGAGUGAUGUAUUUGAAAGCCGAAAAUAAUAACGUAACAGUAUUUAAAGAUAUUAGAAUUCUACCAAGAAUAGUGGAUGCAAAAACUGGUCAAUAUUUCAAACAAGACGAUGAUUUACUUAUACAGUUCGCGUAUAUUACGAAUCCGAAAACAGAGAAUGUUGUCACAUGCAGUGGUGAUAUCAAUGAAGAAAUUCAGAAGCUGGUUAAAGUAGCAAUAAGCGAAGAAGAUUUAAGAAUGUCUAAUAGUUAAUGCGUUUUAUAGCGUCGAAAAUGAUUUCCAUGCUUUUUAAUUUGAUAAGAAAAUAUAAAACAUGCAGAAAUAUUGUUACAUUUUACAAAUUAGUACCUAAAA